UUUAGUUUUUAUUACAAAAAACAUAAAAACUCCACUAUUCACUCAAGCCUUAUCUCUCCCUAUUCAUCAUCAACUUUUGCAAAACCAAUUGAAAAAAACUGAAAAAACUACUUCUUUUUCAGUUUCCAUAUCUUUAGCCUCUUGUUUUGGGAGAAGGGUUUCUUCUCUUUCUCCUUCUUUCUCCAUAUAUAAGUCAGCAUCAUUACAUUGUUCUUGUUAUUUUCAUUUCUGGGAAAUAUAUAUAAAAAAAUAAAAAUAAAAAAUAGAGAAAGUUUGAUUUGUUCUCUCGCAUAUAUAUAAUCUGAAGGAGUUGUACAAAUUAAUCUUCUCUGUUUGCUGGUUGAACAAAGAAGAUAAAAGUUUUUGAAAGCUUGGAUUCAAAACGAUGGUUCGAGCUUUCUCUCAUCAAUGCAGCAUGCAGAAAUCAAAGUCUUUUCAUUUCAAGAGAAUGUUUGAUAGUAGUCCUGGAAGGAAUGGUCAAAGUAUGAUUUUGGACAAUGUGAAUGGUGGUGGAGCAGAAGAUUAUAACAGUAAACUUCAACUAAGAAGCUAUAACUCUAAAAUGGGAGGAGACCGCCCGAUGGAGAAUCAUAAUAUAGGAUGGGCACUUAAAGAAGAUAUAGAUCCGGUUUCAUGCUUGGAUGUUGGAGGCAGGAAAGUAAGUUCUCAAGGCAAGAUUACAUCUGCAGAUUUGGAGAUGAUGAAGGAAAGGUUUGCUAAGCUGCUUUUAGGUGAAGAUAUGUCAGGAGGGGGAAAAGGUGUUUCAUCGGCUUUGGCUUUGUCAAAUGCUGUAACCAAUCUUGCAGCAUCUGUUUUUGGAGAACAAAAGAAACUAGAGCCUAUGCCUGCAGAGAGGAAAGCAAAAUGGAAAAAAGAAAUCGAAUGCCUUUUGUCUGUAACCGAUCAUAUAGUGGAAUUCGUGCCCUCACAGCAGCAAUCCAAGGAUGGAACUUACAUGGAGAUAAUGGUGACUCGGCAAAGAAAUGAUCUGCAUAUAAACAUCCCUGCCUUGCGCAAGUUAGAUGCAAUGCUCAUUGCCUGCUUGGAUAACUUCGGAAACCAGAAUGAGUUCUGGUAUGUGUCCAGAGAAGAAGAUGAAAAUGAGAGUGGUAGUGCUCCAAGAAAGGAUGACAAGUGGUGGCUACCCACAGUCAAAGUUCCUCAAGAAGGAUUAUCAGAUGUCAGUCGAAAAUGGUUGCAAUUUCAGAAGGAAUCUGUGAACCAAGUACUAAAAGCAGCCAUGGCUAUAAAUGCUCAAAUACUUUCAGAAAUGGAGAUACCUGAAAACUACAUAGAAUCCCUUCCCAAGAAUGGAAGAGCUAGCCUUGGUGAUUCAAUCUAUAAAAGCAUAACCGAUGAACACUUUGAUCCUGCACAAUUCCUCUCAACCAUGGACUUGUCUACAGAACACAAAGUUCUUGACCUUAAGAACAGGAUUGAGGCCUCCAUUGUUAUCUGGAAGAGGAAGAUGCAUCAUAAGGAUGGAAAAGGUUCAUGGGGUUCGGGAGUGAGCUUGGAGAAGAGGGAACUAUUUGAAGAUAGAGCAGAAACCAUUUUGCUCCUACUCAAACAGCGUUUCCCGGGCAUUCCACAAUCUUCUCUCGACAUAAGUAAAAUCCAAUUCAAUAGGGACGUAGGACAUGCUAUUCUAGAGAGCUAUUCAAGGAUAAUAGAAAGCAGAGCUUCCACAGUCAUGUCAAGGAUUGAAGAUGUUCUUUAUGCUGAUUCUCUUGCCCGAACACCAUCACAACCCAAAAAAUCCAACAGGAAGCUUUCAAUGGAUUCUUCACCUCUACCACCAAAGUCUCCUAAACCCUCACCAGAAGAGGUGGAAGACUUGAAUUCUGCAGAGACACCAACCUCAAAGACACUCUUGGACUUCAUGGGUUGGAACAUAGUCCAAGGAGAAAGCGAUGCAAACAAGAAAGAAACAAAGCUGGACGCAGAGAGCUACAUUAAUAAAGAAGAAAGUGAUAAGCUUAUGAGCAAACCUGCUUUAAUCUCAACAAAAAAGUUUUCAUAUUUGGAAAAGAUUGAAAACUUGAGUGGUUUGAGAAGCCCAACAGCACGCCAUUAGUUUCAAUAGAGAGGGAAAAAAAAAAAAAAAGGAGAAAGAGAGAAAAA